CCCGGAAACUGGGGAGAGUCUAACCAUGGGAGGUGGUGCCACUACUUGGCAGGAGUCAAGGCUGGAUCAAGCACCACUGUACUUGGGGUUCUGCUCGGGUCGUAUGGGGAAGGCCACUUAGGGCACCACUUCCUCCUGCUGCUCCCUGCCCAGGUGGGACUCGGAGUGUGAGGGGACAAAAUCAAUUGCGACCUGCCUGCCCCGCUGGGUGUGUCUCUACUACCCCGAGCCGGUCCUACCAGCCCAGCCCAGCCCCUAAGAGCAGGCAGCACCAGGAAACCAGCUCAAGGCAGCUUUGGGAGCCACCAUCACCGAGAGCACAGGUCUCCGCUGCUGCUGAAGCUGUAACCCACAGCACUGCCACCUCCUACCACAGCCACAGCCCUCCCCUCAUGCCCGAGGUCUACCUGCUCAGGACUAGUCCCUGCGGCCCGGGCCUGGACCCCAGCGCCACGCCAGGCCCCCACCGCCGCCGCGUGUCAUGAUGCCCCGGGCCUAGCACACUCGCACACUUGGACACCAUGUCGUGCCUUAACUCCAACAACUCCAGCUUCAUCCCCGAGUGCCCCGACUACCGGACCACGCACCGCCUGCACAUGGUGGUGUACAGCCUGGUGCUAGCGGCCGGGCUGCCCCUCAAUGCACUGGCGCUCUGGGUCUUCCUGCGCGCGCUGCGCGUGCACUCGGUGGUCAGCGUGUACAUGUGCAACCUGGCGGCCAGCGACCUGCUCUUCACACUGUCGCUGCCCUUGCGCCUGGCCUACUACGCCCAGCACCACUGGCGCUUCCCGGACCUGGUGUGCCAGGUGGCGGGCGCCAUCUUCCAGAUGAACAUGUACGGCAGCUGCAUCUUCCUGGCACUCAUCAACGCCGACCGCUACGCCGCCAUCGUGCACCCGCUGCGCCUGCGCCACCUGCGCCGACCCCGCGUGGCGCGCCGCCUGUGCCUGGGCGUGUGGGUGCUCAUCCUGGUGGCCGCCGUGCCCGCCGCGCUGGUGCACCGGCCCUCCGAGUGCACGGCCCAAGACGGCGCGCGCGUGCGCCUGUGCUUCGAGUGCUUCAGCAACCAGCUGUGGCGCGGCCACCUGCUGCCGCUCGUGCUGCUGGCUGAGACGCUGGGCUUCCUGCUGCCCCUGGCGGCAAUGCUCUACUCGUCCGCCCGCGUCUUCUGGGUGUUGGCCCGGCCCGACGCCACGCGCAGCGAGCGGCGAAGGAAGACGGUGCGCCUCCUGCUGGCCAACCUCGUCAUCUUCCUGCUGUGCUUCGUGCCCUACAACACCACGCUGGCCGUGUACGGGCUGCUGCGCAGCAGCCUGCAGCCCGCCAGCAGCGAGGCGCUGGGCGCCGUGCGCCGCCUGCUCAUGGUCGUGGUGCUGCUGGCCGGCUCCAACUGUGUGCUCGACCCGCUCGUCUACUACUUCAGCGCCGAGGGCUUCCGCAACACGCUGCGCGACCUCGGCGCCCCGUUGCGGGCCCCGAUGCUGGCCGCCAACGAGACUCAGACUCAGCGGGCGUCCGGCCCGCGCCCCGCAGACACCCUCCACGCUGCCCGCCCGGCGCUACUCGGCCCCGACGGUCCCGGAGCCCCCUUCCUGCAGGGCCCCGAGGACUCAGGCCUGUGAGCGGCCGCAGCCCUGGCUCAUCUGUGCACUGUAGGAGAGAAUGUGGGUGCAAAGGAUUCAGAAAACGGGAGUGGCUAGGAGAAUGUGGGUGUAGGGAAUGCAGGGAAGAGAAAGUGCCCUGGUGAAUGUGAGCUUAGGGAGGAUGGCAAGGAAAGGGGCGUGCAGUGGACUGGGCUUUGCAUCUGUGGUGAUGGACUACACAGGGCAGGCUCUAUCACAGCCUUAACCAGUGGCCAUCAGUUGGAACAAAGGGGGGUGGGUGGGGUUAAGAUGCCCUUGGCGGAGCCAGAAACACACAGGAAAACAGGAUGCCAGAGCAGGCAGUGGGGUCCAAGGCUCCAGCCUGCCCACAGCCAACGCAGGGCCGGGGGUCUCUGGACUCUGGGUGCUACCACCUCUCCUUUCCACUUGGGCUUCCCCUCCCCGGUAUUGAGACGGAAUAUAAGACUAUAUUUGAUAACA